AAAAAAGAAUUCUUUACACAGUUUUAAAAGGUUUAAGUAAAGUUUAUUAGACAAUUUUUUGAAGAAUAUUUAAGAACAUGAAUACUGAUGAAAACUUAAAAAGAAAAAAUGAAGAAGAUGGAGAUGAAGAAGGAUUUAUUGGACCACCAGUUCCAAUUUUAAAGAAAAAAAAGAAAUUGGAGUUUGAACAAGUUUACUUAAAAAACCUUCCGUCUUGUGACAAUUAUGAAAAAAGUUACAUGCAUCGAGAUGUAGUGACUCAUGUAGAAGUAACAACAAACAAUUUUAUAAUAACUGCAAGUAUGGAUGGUCAUGUUAAGUUCUGGAAAAAAAAAGAAGGGGAUAUUGAGUUUGUUAAACACUUUCGUGCACAUUUAGGUGCUAUUGAAGAUGUAUCAUCAAGUGUAGAUGGGACUUUGUAUGCAACAGUUGGAAUGGAUAAAGCUCUUAAAAUAUUUGAUGUUAUUAAUUUUGACAUGAUAAACAUGAUAAAACUUAACUAUCAUCCAUCAUUGUGUGAAUGGUUGUUUAAAAAGGGUGAUCCAAUAUCAGCUAUUGCUAUUUCGGAAAAAGAAGGCAAUGUUAUUUAUAUUUAUGAUGGAAGAGGAGAAUCAAAACUUUUAACAACACAAACUAUUCAUUUCAAGCCCAUUACUGCUAUGAAAUACAAUCCAGUUUAUGAUGUUAUGAUAUCAGCUGAUGAAUCAGGAAUGCUAGAAUAUUGGAGUGGACAGAAACAAGAUUUUUUGUUUCCAAAAAAUGUAAAAUUUGAGUUUAAGACUGAUACAGAUUUAUUUCAUUUUGUAGCUAAUAAGACUUAUGUGACUUCAAUUAGCUUUUCAAAAGAUGGAAAUCAAUUUGUAACAAAAUCAAUGGAUAAGAAAGUAUGUGUAUUUCGGUUUCUUACUGGUAAAAAGACAAAAGUUCUUGUUGAAAGUUUAAAGACUUUAACUGCAACACAACAGGAAAAACAAGUUCUUCCAAAUAUGGAAUUUGGUAGACGUGUAGCUAUUGAAAGAGAACUUGAAAAAAGUGAAGCAUUUAAACAAGUUAACCCAGUGUUUGAUGAAACUGGAUAUUUUAUUCUUUACUCUACAAUCCUUGGAAUAAAAGUCGUUAAUUUAGUUACUAACACAUGUGUCAAGUUUAUCGGCAUGAAAGACAAUGUUAGAUUUCUAAAUAUCGGUUUAUACCAAGGAAAUCCAAACAAAAUUAGUUCUUCUUUUACUUUGGAAAUGACAGCUUCUGAUAACCCAUCAUUAGAUAAGAUUUCUGCUGAUCCAUGUCUAAUAUGCACAGGUUUUAAAAAGAAUCGAUUCUAUAUUUUAAGUAGGAGAGAUCCUGAUCAAGAUCAAAGUGAUCGAGAUAUUUUUAACGAAAAACCAUCAAGGGAUGAAAUUGUUGCUGCAACUCAAGAAACCACAGUCAAAUGUCUAGCAGAAAAUGUAGUUAUGCAUACAACAAUGGGUGAUAUACAUUUAAAGCUUUAUCCUAAGGAAUGUCCAAAAACUGUAGAAAAUUUUGUAACUCAUUGCCGAAACAAUUACUAUAACAACCAUAUUUUUCACAGAGUUAUUAAGCAGUUCAUGAUUCAAACAGGAGACCCUAUUGGUGAUGGCACCGGUGGCAAAUCGAUUUGGGGAGGAGAAUUUGAAGAUGAAUUUCAUCAUACCUUACGUCAUGAUCGUGCGUACACUCUUAGUAUGGCUAACGCUGGUCCAAAUACAAACGGCAGUCAGUUUUUUAUUACUGUUAUCCCAACGCCCUGGCUCGAUAAUAAACACACUAUUUUUGGGCGCGUUGUUAAAGGAAUGGAUGUGUGUCAAGCAAUCAGUCUUGUAAAAACAUUUCCUAAAAAUGAUAAACCACGUGAAGAUGUCAAGAUUAUUAAUAUGGUUGUGAAGUAAAAAAGAUUUUCUUCUCACCACAAUUCUUAGGAUUCGAUUACAGCAGGAUUGCUAUUGGUUGAUUCUCAUUAAAUGGUUAGUAAUCCCACUUCGUUUGGGUAAAAAAUAUCGAAUGUCUGCCUAAUGACUGUGAACAAAUUAAGUACCUCUGCAACGAUUGUUAUUUGAGGAAAGCUUAUCGCUUUCUCAAUUAGAUACCGGAGUAUUUUUACAUGCAAUAGUACUACUUGUAUUAAAUAUGAUGUUUAUAUA